AUGGCGGACAACACUAAGAAGGAGGCCGCGGCCGGACCUCCCAGCGGCGGAGGCAUCAACGCCACGGCCCUGGCGGCGCUCGGAGGUGACGGCCCGGACCGGCUUGCAAAGGCCUUUGAGCACGAGCUGUCGCUGUCGUCGCGCACCGUUCACGCCGACGACUAUAUCAACACGCACCGGGCCGUGGCGCCGCCGCUGCACGUCUCGGCGACGUAUAGGUACGGAAGCGAGCCGGAUGAGCUCAGGUAUAUGGAAAACAUUGAUCCCAACAACCCUUACGACUCGCACAUCUACUCCCGGGACUCGGCGCCCAACACCACCCGCCUCGAGGCCAUCCUGACCUCCGUCCUCAACGGGCCCGCCAUCACCUACGGGUCGGGCCUCGCCGCCUUCCACGCCCUCAUCGUCUUCCUGAACCCCAAGCGCGUCGCCAUCGGCAAGGUCGGCUACCACGGCUGCAACGGCGUGCUGCGCCUCGUCGCCAAGCUCACGGGGCUCGAGCAGCUCGACCUCGACAGCGAGGCCGACCUCGCCCGCCUGCAGCCGGGCGACCUCGUGCACGUCGAGACGCCGGUCAACCCGACGGGCGAGGCGCGCGACCUCGACCGCUUCGUGCGCCUCGCCCGGGAGAGAGGGUGCUACGUCUCGGUCGACGCGACGUUCGCGCCGCCGCCGCUGCAGGACCCGCUCCGCCACGGCGCCGACGUCGUCAUGCACUCGGGCACCAAGUACAUCGGCGGCCACUCGGACAUGCUCUGCGGCGUGCUGGCCGUGAACCCGCGGCGCGACGCCGCCGAGGGCUGGCUGCGCCGCCUGCGCGACGAGCGCAUGAUGCUGGGCAGCGUCAUGGGCAGCCUCGAGGGGUGGCUCGGCGUGCGCAGCCUGCGCACGCUGGAGCUGCGCGUCGAGCGGCAGAGCGCGAGCGCGGGCAGGCUCGUGGCCUGGCUGGCCGGCGAGAGCAAGCCCGGCAGCUCCGGCAACGCGUUCUCGGCCGCGGCGCGCGUCGUGCAGCGGGUCUCGCACGCGAGCCUGCAGCCCGAGGCCGCGGACCGGGACUCGUGGCUCCGGAAGCAGAUGCCGCGCGGCUUCGGCCCCGUGUUCUGCAUCUGGCUGCGCGACGAGCGGGACGCGCGCCGGCUGCCGAGCCGGCUGCGCCUGUUCCACCACGCCACGAGCCUCGGCGGCGUCGAGAGCCUGAUCGAGUGGCGCGCCAUGACCGACAGCCGGUCCGACCGGAACCUGCUGCGCGUGAGCGUCGGCGUCGAGGGCUGGGAGGACCUCAAGGCGGAUCUGGAGCAGGGGUUCGAGGCGCUGCUUCGGGAGGACGGGGCUUGA